AUUACUUGCUCCUUUUCUCAACGUUCCUAUUUUCAAAAUGCCAUUGGAGGCAACUCUUUGAAAUGUUGCCCUCAUCGGUCUGAUAAUUUAUUAAUAAUACCCUGUGUGUGCUUAUAAAAUCCCUCAAGACAGACAACCCACAUUCUUCUUCUUCUUCUUCUUCUUCCUGCCUGAUUUGCAGGGAAGCGUGGAAAUCUAGCAUACUUCUUCAAUGGGGUGCUUUCUUGCUUGUUUUGGGUUCACCAAGAAAAGGAGAAGGACAAAGGGUAGGAGCAAAAAUGCAUCUGGAGACCAAGUAAGACAAAUCUCGACUUUUAUCUUUUCUGUUUCUUUUAUUUUGGUAAGAGAAUUCUUUGCUUUUGAGGAUACACAAAACUUGCAUCAAUUCAAUAUCUUGAAUUUACUGUGGGAAAUUGCCUUGUUUUUGUUAAAGAGUUAUGGAAGGUAUGUACCUCUGGACUGUGAUGUUACGGUCAAACUUGAAUGUGAUGAGAUGCAGAAGGCCUCAGCAACUGAGCUUAGAGAUAAGCCUAAAGAAUCGUCGUCCGCGAAAAUAAAGAAAAAAGUGAGCUUCAAUUUGAAUGUCAAGACUUAUGAGCCACUUCCUAAUGAUGAGCUUAGUAAUUGCAAUCUUUCUGAGGGUGAGGAGAAGACAAUGUGGGAAUAUAAUCAAGAAGAAACAGCUGGAGCAAGCAUGAAAUAUUUCAAUUAUGAAGACAAUUUGAUGGCAUCAAAGAUUGGAUCAUUCCCUUCGAAUUAUAGAUAUCAAAAUUGCAGAGAUAGCUAUGAUGAAGAGGAUGAGAUGGAACUAGAGGAUAGCGAUCUAGAUGAUGAGGAUGAACUUGACUUUGAUGAAGAUGAUAUUGGUGAAAGCUAUGAUUUCAGAAGUCAAAAACUAUGCCAAGCAUCAGUGGAAGAAGAGGGAAAAGUUACAACCGAUCAAUUGGCAGAAAAAGGAAGCAAUCUUAUGCAGCCUCAAGUUCUGCAGCAUCAAGAACAUAACAAAACUGAAUCAAACCAAAAUGCUCGAAACAGGAGUCACAAUGUCUUUUCUGUGCUUGCUCCAGUUGAAAAUCUCACUCAAUGGAAAGAGGUUAAAGCUAAAACUAGACAGCAAUUGAAGCAUCAGAAGGAAAACAUAGUGUUAGAGCAAGAGCAGCAUAUGCCCUUAUGUACGAAGAAGAGCUCCGAACCUUUAGCUUUGAACUCAUCAGUGGAUUUGAAUCAAUUCAAGCCUCAGAGUCAUGAAAUUGCAGUUGAUGCUAGCCUUUCAAACUGGUUGGUUUCUUUCAAUGGCAAGGACAGCAAUGCUGCAAUAGCAAACACCCAUCAAAAAAGAUCAAGGUGGAUGCAUCAGACUCGUUCCGCAGAUGAGAUAGAACUACUCUAAGCACCAAGGAAAAGCUGUCGGCUUCACCACCAAAAUACCAUACAUUCUCAAAACUGUUUCUGGAUUUGUGCAGAAUAGAACAGACAUUGCAUUUUCUCUCAUAAUAGAACAGACAUUGCAUUUUCUUGGAAAGCUCCACCCUGCCCAGGUGUUGAAUUGUUUUCUGAAUAAGACAAGGCAAGGGCGUCUUGUUACAUUUGUCUUUAUCUUGUACUUUUCAGCUUGAUUGCUUUUAUAUCUUUAGUGAUAAUGGGAAAUUGCUGUGAAUCUGUAAUACAUUGUAUUCUUUUUUCAAUGCAAAUGAAGUAAACAAUACCUAAA